AUGGGUGCCAACGUAUUUGCUGUACCUAUUUUCUUCAUCUGCUUUAGAGAAAGUGUCGAAUGUAGCAUUAUCGUUUCGGUUUUGCUGUCUUUCUUGAAGCAGACCCUUGGCCCUGAGCAAGACCCCAUCGUCUACAAGAAGCUGAGAGCCCAAGUCUGGUGGGGAAUCGGCCUUGGACUGCUGGUCUGUUUGAUUAUUGGUGGUGCAUUCAUCGGAGCAUUCUAUGGACUUGGUAAGAACCACUUUUCCGCAACUGAAGAUAUCUGGGAAGGUGUCUUUGGCCUCAUAGCAUCAAUCAUCAUCUCGAUCAUGGGUGCCGCCCUCCUGCGAGUCUCGAAACUACAAGCCAAGUGGAGAGUCAAGCUGGCCAAGGCUCUUGAAGAGAAGGACCAGAAGAAGGGCAAGGCCAGUACCCGCUUCAAGCGAUUUGCAGAAAAGUACGCCAUGUUCAUGCUGCCUUUCAUCACUGUGAUGAGAGAAGGCCUCGAGGCUGUCGUCUUCAUCGGCGGCGUGUCUCUUGGUCUUCCAGCUACCUCGUUCCCUUUGGCCGUCAUCUGCGGUCUUGCAGCAGGGUGUUUGAUCGGGUUCCUCAUCUACCGGGGAGGUAACAUGGCAUCCCUGCAAAUGUUCCUUAUUAUCUCGACCUGUGUGCUCUAUCUUGUCGCCGCAGGCCUCUUCUCGAAGGCUGUCUGGUUCUUCGAAAACAACGCUUGGGGCAAAAUGAUCGGUGGGGACGCUUCCGAGGUUGGAAGUGGCCCAGGAUCCUACGAUAUCACCAAAUCUGUCUGGCACGUCAACUGCUGCAACCCUGAGAUCAACACCAGUGGGUGGGGAUUAUUCAAUUCUGUUCUAGGCUGGCAGAACUCUGCAACCUAUGGAUCGGUCCUUGCUUACAACUUCUACUGGAUUGCUGUAAUUGUUGCGUUCGUCUCCAUGCGCUGCAAGGAGCAACACGGUCACUGGCCCAUGAUGAAGGCGAAGGCGAAGCACGUUGACAGUGAGAGCUCUAGCCAGGUCGGAGUGACAGAGACGGUGCAGAAGAAGGCCUCGAAUGAAGCUGUAACCGUGACAGCGGUCCGAGAGAUCGAGGGUUGA